AUUUUAUCCUAAAAGACGACGACAAGUUAAUAAAAUAUUGCAGCAGCCAUCACAAAUUCACAACAUGAAUGUCUGAAAUCUGAAUCUCUCUCUACACUCUCAACAAUAAGAACACUGUCGCCACAUUCCCCAAUCCAGCUACCUUCACCAUAUCAUCACCAUCAACCUCAUUCCCAUGGCCGACACUCAAUCCUCUCACAUCAUCAUCGAUCCCAGAAAUGGCUUCUGCCCACAAACCAAGAUUUACCACAGCCUCCGCCCCGCCGUCCCUCUACCCCCACCGUCUCAGCCCCUCUCCAUCAUUCAAUACGCCCUCUCCCUCCUCCACUCCCCCACCACCGCCUCCUCCUCCACCCUCUCCACCACAAUCUUCCUCAUCGACUCCGCCUCCGGCCGUCACCUCACCUACUCGACCUUCCUCCAACAAGUGGCUUCCCUCUCAUCCUCCCUCAAGGCCCUCCAUCCUUCCCUCUCCAAUAAGGAUGUCGCAUUCGUCCUCUCCCCGCCGUCUCUCCACAUCCCCGUCCUCUAUUUCUCUCUCCUUUCUCUCGGCGUCGCCCUUUCGCCGUCCAAUCCAUCGUCUUCUCCUUCUGAGAUAGACCACCAAAUCCGGCUCACUAAACCCGCAGUCGCCUUCGCCACUUCGGAUAUCUCUCGUAAACUCCCUGCAAAUAUCCCCGUUAUCCUCCUCGAUUCGCCGCAAUUCCUCUCCAUGCUUGAAUCGAAAGUUUCAGGCCCUACAAACGACGCCGCUGUAAAUCAAUCGGACACCGCCGCAAUCCUUUACUCUUCCGGCACCACCGGAAAAGUGAAAGGCGUCGUGAUAACCCACCGAAACUUGAUAGCAUUGAUCGCGGGGUUGUACCACAACAAGUUGGCAAAGGAUGAGGAAGAAAACACCCACUCAGUAUCACUUUUCACGCUGCCGUUGUUUCACGUUUUCGGGUUUUUCAUGCUGAUAAGAGCCGCAUCCAUGGGAGAGAGUGUAGUUCUGAUGGAGAAAUUCGAUUUUGUUAAAAUGCUGGAGGCGGUCGCGAGACACAGGGUGACGUAUAUUCCGGUGACACCGCCGCUGGUGGUGGCGAUGGCGAAGUCAGAUUUGGUGGACAAGUAUGACUUGAGCUCACUCCGGUCUCUGGGCUGCGGCGGAGCACCGCUGGGGAAGGAGGUUUCCGAGCGGCUCAGGAAGAAGUUCCCUCACGUGGAGAUUUUCCAGGGCUAUGGUUUGACUGAGACUUCGGGAGGGGCAACACGAACAAUAGGGCCCGAGGAGGCAACACGACAUGGAUCUGCAGGCCGGUUGUCUGAGAACAUGGAAGCCAAGAUAGUUGAUCCUCAGACCGGAGAGGCCUUGCCCCCCGGACAACGUGGCGAACUAUGGUUGCGAGGACCUGCAGUUAUGAAAGGUUAUGCUGGAGAUGAUGCAGCAACGGCCGCAACACUGGAUUCAGAAGGCUGGUUAAAGACGGGGGAUCUAUGUUACUUCGACUCUGACGGGUUUCUCUUCAUUGUCGAUCGGUUAAAAGAACUGAUUAAAUACAAGGCUUAUCAGGUUCCUCCAGCUGAGCUCGAACAUUUACUUCAAUCGAUUCCUGAAGUUGCUGAUGCAGCUGUUAUUCCAUAUCCUGAUGAAGAAGCAGGUCAGAUUCCCAUGGCGUAUAUUGUGAGAAAACCCGGUAGCACUAUCUCCGCAACUGAAAUAAUGGAUUCAAUCGCGAAACAGGUUGCUCCCUAUAAAAAGAUAAGCAGGGAAGAUCCUAGGAGGGAGCUGGUUAAAUCUCCAGCAGGGAAGAUCCUACGGAGGGAGCUGGUUAGUUCUCCAGCAGGGAAGAUCCUACGGAGGGAGCUGGUUAGUCUUGCAUGUUCGACCGCUUCCUCUAAAUUGUGAAUUGAUAGGAUAUACCUAGUACCAACCGCGACCCGUUCAGAGGGAGUUGGUUGUGCGCUGCAAGACCAGACGUCGUCGCCCAUUCUUGCAAAUACUUCUAUGUUCAGGCACAUAGUGAUGAGAUGAUAUGAAGGUUGAUGGUUGCACAGUUUCUCAAUCCAAAGAUGGGAAUUAGCCCCAUGCAGUGUACUGCUUUAGCAAAUAUUUUUUUCCUUCUAUUUUGAUCCUACAACACUGGAUGAAACAUUUGAACAAGUCAUUUUCAAGGAAGAGAUGUUACAAUGGCAUUUCAUGUGGCAAAA